AUGGCGUCUUUCUUAGUGUCCACAUUGGCUUUUGCUCAAAUUAUUCUUGUUCAAUACGUUGAAACAAUUUUUUUCGUCUUGGGUACAAUCGGUUCCAUUCUCAAUAUUCUCCUGUUUUCUCAACAGAAAUUUCGUUCAAACUCUUGUUCUAUUUAUUUUCUCGCGUCAUCGAUCGCAACAUUGAUCUUACUAUUCCCAGGUGUUAUUCCUCAAGUCUAUGCUCUCACUAACUCUCCAAAUCCAGUAUUUAAUCAAGCAUUCUGCAGAGCUCGCAGUUAUUUAACACAAAUGAGUGCGAUGCUCUGUCGAUGGUUGUUGACGGUCGCAUGUAUUGAUCGUUGUUUAUUAACUUUCACCAAUCCUCAUCUUCGUCAUCUGGCGACUGUACCAAUAGCACGGAAAAUAGUUUUACUACUAGUUAUAAUGUGGCUUCUCAUUCCUAUUCAUAUAUUGAUCUUCGCUGAUGUUCGAAGAAUCGGUUAUAUUUUGUGUACGAUGGCAACUGAUGCAUCGGCUAUUUAUCAUACUAUUUACACUAUUCUUGCUGGUGGGGUAUUCCCACCGUUGAUUAUGUUAAUAUGUACGAGAGUUCUCUGGAAAAGUUUGCAAGCAAAACGACAACGUCAAGAGUUAACUCAGAUAAGACAAAAGAAGAGAGAAAUUCGUGAUGUACAAAUCUUGGCUAUGUUGUUGUUACAAGUGUUCAUCUUUAUUCUGUUUACUCUACCGUAUAUGAUGUUUAACCUGUACUUAGUUUUUACUCGUUAUGUUACGAACAAAUCGGCAGAUCGAUUAGCAAUAGAAGCAUUUUUGCAGUUAUUUACAGAAAUAACGAUGUUCGCUUAUCUCUCAACAACAUUUUAUUCGAAUACAUUAGUUUCGCAAACAUUUCGAAACGAAUUAAUAACCCUCAUUACUUGUAAUCAUGGACAAAAGUUUUGUAAAAAGCGACGAAUCGCUCCGCAUAAUUUAACCUCUUCUACGAUUUAUCCUCCAUUAGAUCGACCUGGUCCAUCGUAUACAGUUCCACGACGGAACCUCUCUCAAUCUUUGGUAUGCUAUGCAGGAACGAAUUAUCACAAACGAUGGAUUCUAUUUUUACCGGGUUCAACUGAAGAAGUUCAUGAAUUGUACAGUUGGAAUUGGAUGAACAUCAUGAAAAAGAGACAUUGGCCAUUUUGUACGUUACAGUUACCCGAGAACGGUUUGGGUGAUCUGCAAAUAGCUGCAGAAUAUAUAGUUCAUUCAGUACGAAAGUUGCACCGAAGGGCCGUUCGAGAGAAGAAGAAAGGUAUUCGUUCGAAAACACGUAUUCAUAUCAUUGGCCAUUCACUUGGCGGAGCACUUCCGCGUUUUGCACUUCGGUUUUGGCCAGAUAUACGAUCAAUGGUCUACCAAUUGAUUGCCUUCGGAGCAACGAAUCACGGAACAUCGAUGGCUGAUACAGCGUGUCAAGCGUUUCGUUGCCCGAUCUCCGUAACUCAACAACGGAUCAACUCCUCAUUUCUUUGCGCGAUGAAUUCUUAUCAAGAAUCGUUUUCUUCGAUAAGAUACAUAAAUAUUCUGUCGAAAUUCGAUGAAAUCGUCCGCCCGGUGGAAAGUAGUGAAAUUCACGGUGAAACUGUCACAAAUAUCUACAUUCAAGAUAUUUGUCCACUUCGAAUCUUUUCCGAACAUCUCGGUGCAGGAAUUUAUGAUUAUUGUGGAUAUUUUCUAACAAUGAAUGCAUUAAAUUCUCGAUCGUUGAAAAAUAUCUCCAAGGAAGAAUGUUGUUCACAAAUCUUGAUGCCUGGUAUUGAUACGCCAACCACAGAAUUUCUUUCCAAAGUUCUCUAUUCGGCUGAAGAACAUGCCAGACAAUUACUUAUGCAUUUUGGAGAAAUCAAAGACGAACCGGAACUAAGAUGUGUAUUUCGAAUGGAUUGUUUAACAAGAAAGAAGAGAGUCAAGCAAAUGAGAUUAAGAUAA